GGGGUGGAGCGCGCGGAGCCAGGCUGGGGGCCGCGGCGCCGGGACUCCAUUAGCGGCUCCGGCCAGGAGGCAGAGCUGAGCCGGCUGCGGAGCGGGACGCGGACGCCGCCCCCGCGCCUGUUGCGGGCGAGCCCCGGGCCGGGAGCGCGAGGAGCGCGCGGAAGGAGCCAUGGCUCUGGACGGGAUAAGGAUGCCAGAUGGCUGCUACGCGGACGGGACGUGGGAGCUGAGCGUGCAUGUGACGGACCUGAACCGCGAUGUCACCCUGAGAGUGACCGGAGAGGUGCACAUCGGAGGGGUGAUGCUGAAGUUGGUGGAAAAGCUGGAUGUAAAAAAGGAUUGGUCUGACCAUGCUCUCUGGUGGGAAAAGAAGAGAACUUGGCUGCUUAAGACACACUGGACCCUGGAUAAGUACGGCAUUCAGGCAGAUGCCAAGCUUCAGUUCACCCCCCAGCACAAACUGCUCCGCCUGCAGCUGCCCAACAUGAAGUAUGUGAAGGUGAAGGUGAAUUUCUCUGAUAGAGUCUUCAAAGCUGUGUCUGACAUCUGUAAGACUUUCAAUAUCAGACACCCUGAAGAACUUUCUCUGUUAAAAAAACCCCGGGAUCCAACAAAGAAAAAAAAGAAAAAACUAGAUGACCAGUCCGAAGAUGAGGCACUUGAAUUAGAAGGGCCACUUAUCACUCCUGGAUCAGGCACUGACGUUCUUUACAUUGGCCCUCUGAAAGGUAGUAUAUAUUCAAGCCCAGGACUGUAUAGUAAGACAAUGACCCCCACUUACGAUGCUCACGAUGGAAGCCCCUUGUCACCAACUUCAGCAUGGUUUGGUGACAGUGCUCUGUCAGAAGGCAAUCCUGGUAUACUUGCUGUCAGUCAGCCAAUCACAUCACCAGAAAUCUUGGCAAAAAUGUUCAAGCCUCAAGCUCUUCUUGAUAAAGCAAAAAUCAACCAAGGGUGGCUUGAUUCUUCUAGAUCUCUCAUGGAGCAAGAUGUGAAGGAAAAUGAGGCCUUGCUGCUCCGAUUCAAGUAUUACAGCUUUUUUGAUUUGAAUCCAAAGUAUGAUGCCAUUCGAAUCAAUCAGCUUUAUGAGCAGGCCAAAUGGGCUAUUCUCCUGGAAGAAAUUGAGUGCACGGAAGAAGAAAUGAUGAUGUUUGCAGCUUUGCAGUAUCAUAUCAAUAAACUGUCAAUCAUGACAUCAGAGAAUCAUUUGAACAACAGUGACAAAGAAGUUGAUGAAGUGGACGCUGCUCUUUCAGACCUGGAGAUCACUCUGGAAGGGGGCAAAACAUCAACAAUUUUGGGUGACAUCACUUCCAUUCCAGAGCUUGCUGACUAUAUUAAAGUCUUCAAACCAAAAAAGCUGACUCUAAAAGGUUAUAAGCAAUAUUGGUGUACCUUCAAAGAUACGUCUAUUUCUUGCUAUAAGAGCAAAGAAGAAUCCAGUGGCACACCUGCUCAUCAGAUGAACCUCAGAGGAUGUGAAGUUACCCCAGAUGUAAACAUUUCAGGCCAAAAAUUUAACAUUAAACUCCUGAUCCCAGUGGCAGAGGGCAUGAAUGAAAUCUGGCUACGCUGUGACAACGAGAAGCAGUACGCACACUGGAUGGCGGCGUGCAGGCUGGCCUCCAAGGGCAAGACCAUGGCGGACAGCUCCUACAACCUGGAGGUGCAAAACAUCCUCUCCUUCCUGAAGAUGCAGCACCUGAACCCAGACCCUCAGCUGAUACCAGAGCAGAUCACCACCGACAUCAACCCCGAGUGUCUGGUGUCCCCUCGCUACCUGAAGAAGUACAAGAACAAGCAGGAAAAAGGAUGCAAAAAGCAGAUGCCAGGCUAUAUAAGAGAUUUGAUAACAGCAAGAAUCUUGGAGGCCCAUCAGAAUGUAGCUCAGAUGAGUCUGAUUGAAGCCAAGAUGCGAUUUAUCCAAGCCUGGCAGUCAUUACCUGAGUUUGGCAUCACACACUUCAUUGCAAGGUUCCAAGGGGGCAAAAAGGAAGAACUCAUCGGAAUUGCAUACAACAGGCUCAUUAGGAUGGAUGCCAGCACGGGAGAUGCUAUUAAAACAUGGCGUUUCAGCAACAUGAAGCAGUGGAACGUAAACUGGGAAAUUAAGAUGGUCACGGUGGAGUUCGCAGAUGAAGUACGGUUGUCCUUUAUUUGUACCGAAGUCGACUGCAAAGUCGUUCAUGAAUUCAUUGGCGGCUACAUCUUUCUGUCAACACGGGCAAAAGACCAAAAUGAGAGUUUAGAUGAAGAAAUGUUCUACAAACUCACCAGUGGUUGGGUGUGAAUAGAAAUACGUGUAUUGAAGCACCACGGCCAUUACAAUAUUUAACUUUAAAAGCUGUUGUUUGUUAUAUGCUGCUUAAUAAAGUAAGCUUGAACUUUAUUAUUUUAUCAUGAAAACUUUUUGCCUUACUAGACCGGUUGAUAUGUGCACUAACGAGCACGACUAUUAAUCUGCUAUCUUGAUACAGUAUAUGGACUGUGGAAUACGGCACACAUUCCUUAGGGCCAUGAAUUACAAACUGAAAUAGUGGGCAAAUCAGGAACAAAUGGUCACUGAUUUAAGCUAGCCGAACUGUAAGAAAAAGCCAUCUACUUUAAAGCUAUCCAGGGCAUAACCGAUAUGAAGUCUAUUUAUCAUGUUUAAUGCAUGUGUUUUAAUGUAUGUUUAAUUUGAUGUCAUGUUUUAAUAUAUCCUACUCCCAGGUAGCCAUGUGGCCCCUCACCCCGCCCCCCAAAGUAGAAAUCAAGCCUGCAAAAGAUGCCUGUUACUUAAUAGCGUCAAUGUUUGACCUUGAAGGAAAAUGCUGUUUGUCUGUUACUCUUGGUUUGUUUUUGUCCUCGAUGAAGCAUGUAUGUAUAUUGUCUUGUUUUUAUUUUUACACCAUACUGUAUUAUGACACUUUUAGUAUUCACCAGCAUAUCACUGUCUGCAUAAAAUAUGCAACUUUUGCAUUAUACUAUGAAGUAAGGUCUAUGAAGUAUGCCUUUUGUGUAACUAAUGUACAAACACAAAUUUUAUAAAAUUGUACAGUUUUUUAAAAACUAUUCAACUAGCAAGUGGCUUCAACAGCAUCUUUGCAUUAAUUCAAUGCUUUUAAAAGUCUGGUUAAUAUGCAGUUUUAAUAUCUGCUAAAUGAAGAACUACUUCAUGAUGGUCAUGAUUUGCCACAGUGUCCUUAACUCUGAUGCCUGGACUGGCCCUGUCCGAGUCUGUUGCGCUGUUACAAUCUGCAUUGGUGCUAGUCAGAAAACUCUGAGCUCACACAGCCCACGAGGGUGCCAGGGAGGGAGGAUUACCAGUAUUGUCCAAUAAUCCAUGGUUUAAAGACUGUAUAAAUGCAUUUUAUUUUAAAUAAAAGCAAAACCUUUUAUUUAA